AGGAAGUACUAUUGACGAACUUGAAUUAUUUCAACAAAAACACGACUCUACAAGGUGCUCGAUGGUGAGUCUGCGGGUGGUGCGUAAUGCUGAGGCGGAGAUCUCUGGCUCAGAAUGAGUGUCACGGAUGGUGACGGCGCAGCAAGCCAAGAUGAACGGUUCUUCAUCCUUCAGAUCUACCCUGGGCUCUCCCCGGAGGCGUUGCCAUGUAUCACGCUCCAAGUCACCAAGGAGGCCACCACGGCGUCGGUCAUCCAGGACGCAGCCGCGGCUCUCGGCCUCGACCCGGCCAAACGCUACGCCCUCGCUGAGGUGAAAGAGUGUGGGGGGGAGGAAUGGGUUCUGGAAGCUUCCGAUCUCCCCGUGCAGAGAGUUCUCCUCUGGCCCCGUAAGGCUCAGGAGCAGCAUCCGCGGAGCGAGGGGUUCUACUUUUUACUGCAGGAACGCGACCACGAUGGCACCAUCAGGUACGGCCACCUGCCCUCGCUGCAGCGGGAGCAGGACGCCAAGAGCUUGGUGGACCGUGGGUUCCUACCGCCUCGGCAGGAGGACUUUGACGACCUCUGUAACCUUCCCGACCUCAACGAGACUAGCAUCCUGCAUAACCUGCGCAAUCGCUUCCACAAGAAGAAGAUUUACACGUACGCCGGGAGUAUUCUGGUCGCCAUCAACCCCUUCAAGUUCCUGCCGAUUUACAACCCUAAGUAUGUCAAGAUGUACGAGAACCAUCAGCUGGGAAAACUGGAACCACACAUCUUCGCCAUCGCCGACGUGUCGUAUUUCACCAUGCGAAGCAAACGCGUGAACCAGUGCAUAGUCAUCUCUGGAGAGAGCGGGUCAGGCAAAACCCAGAGCACUAACUUUCUCAUCCACUGCUUGACUGCCCUGAGCCAGAAGGGCUACGCCAGCGGAGUGGAGAGGACCAUCCUGGGAGCAGGGCCUGUGCUGGAGGCGUUUGGCAAUGCCAAGACGGCCCACAAUGAUAACUCCAGUCGCUUUGGGAAGUUCAUCCAGGUGAAUUAUUUGGAAAAUGGAGUCGUGAGAGGGGCUGUUGUUGAGAAGUACCUGCUGGAGAAGUCACGUCUGGUCUCCAGAGAGAAAAACGAGAGGAACUACCAUGUCUUUUACUACCUGCUGGUUGGAGCAUCAGAGGAGGAACGGAAGGAGUUUAAACUGUUAAAGCCGGAAGACUACCUCUACCUCAGACAGGAAAACUUUACGAUUGAGGAUGCAGAUGACCUUCGGCAUGACUUUGAGCGCUUACAGCAGGCGAUGGAAAUGGUUGGCUUCCUCCCUGCCACCAAGAAACAGAUUUUCUCUGUGCUUUCUGCCAUCCUGUACCUGGGAAACGUGACAUACAGACGCAAAUCAACGGGGCGUGACGAGGGGCUGGACGUCGGGCCUCCGGAGGUUUUGGCCACACUCUCUGAUUUGCUAAAGGUGAAAGAGGAGUUGUUGGUGGAGGCGCUGACUAAGAGGAAAACAGUGACUGUUAAUGACAGAUUAAUUUUGCCCUACAGUCAGAGUGAGGCUGUGACAGCACGUGACUCAAUGGCCAAGUCUCUGUACAGCGCCCUGUUUGACUGGAUCGUCCUGAGGAUCAACCACGCUCUGCUCAAUAAGAAAGACAUGGAGGAAUCUGUCCCCUGUUUAUCUAUCGGUGUUUUGGACAUAUUUGGAUUUGAAGACUUCCAGACGAACAGUUUCGAGCAGUUCUGUAUUAAUUACGCCAAUGAACAGCUGCAGUAUUACUUCAAUCAGCACAUCUUCAAACUGGAGCAGGAGGAGUACCAGUUGGAGGGAAUCACCUGGCAUAACAUUGAAUACACUGACAAUGUGGGCUGCAUCCACCUGAUCAGUAAGAAACCAACAGGACUUCUCUACCUGCUCGACGAGGAGAGCAAUUUUCCUCAUGCCACAGAUAAGACGUUGCUGGCUAAGUUUAAGCAGCAGCACCAUGGGAAUAAAUAUUUUGUUCCAACUGCAGUGAUGGAACCAGCCCUUGUCAUCCACCAUUUUGCUGGGAAUGUCAAAUAUCAGAUUAAGGAUUUCCGUGAGAAAAACACGGACUACAUGCGUCCGGACAUCGUGGCUCUGUUGCGGAGCAGCGACCGGGCCUACGUGCGGCAGCUGAUCGGGAUGGAUCCGGUCGCCAUGUUCCGAUGGGGAAUUCUACGGGCCACCAUCCGCGGCCUGGCUGCCUUUAACGAGGCCGGCCGGCGCUGGGCAGCCAAAACCACAGGUGUUGUCCGACCCAACUCCAGGGUUCCGCUGGGGGAGCUCCAGAGGUCCAACAUGCCGAUUGAGAAGGUGUACCGCCGUACGUCUAUGCUCGAUUUCUCCUAUGAUCUCUCAGAAGAGCGCCCUCUAGAGGCUUUCGAGGACAUCUUUGCUAGUUAUGAGAGUAAGAAAGACAUUCAUGCCCAAAUCCUCGACUCCAUUAAGGAUUUACGGUUGGACGGUGAAGAUCCUAGAAAACUGCUCCAGUCGUGGGGACGUCUUCGUUUCCCACGCAGCCUCCUUCAGAAAAACAAGAACACCAAGAAUAAACAGCUCAUUCCUAAGAGUCUGUUGGAUUCGCGUUCACUGAAGUUUAUUGUGAGUCUGACCUUACAUGACCGUACCACUAAAUCUCUCCUCCACCUUCACAAGAAGAAAAAACCGCCCAGCAUCAGCGCUCAGUUCCAGACGUCUCUCAGUAAGCUGCUGGAAACCCUGGGGAGGGCGGAACCUUUCUUCAUCCGCUGUAUCCGCUCCAACGCUGAGAAGAGGGAGAUGCUCUUUGAUGAGACCCUGGUUCUGCAGCAGCUGCGGUACACAGGCAUGCUGGAGACAGUUCGGAUCAGGAGGUCUGGCUACAGUGCCAAAUACACCUUCCAGGAAUUUAUCAAGCAGUUUCGGGUUUUGCUGCCCAGAGACGGCACAUCGAUUCAGGAUGAGAUUGCGGCACUCAUGCAGAGGAUGGGUUUGGACAGCACCACCUACCAGAUCGGCAAGUCCAAGGUUUUCCUUAAGGAGCCGGAGAGGCAGAGGCUGCAGGAUGCUCUCCAUCAGGAUGUGAUGAAGAAAAUCAUUGUUCUGCAGCGCUGGUUCCGAGCCCGCCUGGAGCGGAUGCAGUUUCUGCGCAUGAGAGCCGCGGCCAGCGCGGUUCAGCGGGCAUGGCGCCAUCGAGCGGAACGCCGAUGUCGAGCUGAACGGCGAUGUCGAGCGGCCACGCUGAUCCAGGCGAUCUGGCGAGGCUCCCGGCAGCGGGCGGAAUAUAUGCGUCAGCAAGCCGCCAUUCGGAGGAUGCAGGCGCUGGCCAGAGGCCAAUCAGCUCGAAGGAGGGUCCAAUCUAUUAAAGAGGAGAAAAGAAAGAGGGAGGAGGAGGAGGAGAGGAGACGAAUCGAGGAGGAAGAGAGGAGACGCAUUGAAGAAGAGGAGGCCAGAAUGGCUCGGGAAGCAGAGGAGGCAGCGUGUAGAGAAAAGGAGAUGGAGGAAGAGCGAGUUCGGUUGGCGUUGGAGGCAGAGCGGCAGGCCGCCGAGAACAGGGCCGCGGAGGAAGCAGAGGAUCGUGUGGAGCGGUCAGAGAGCAAGGACGAAUCAGAAACACAUCUCACUAAUGAGCAGCCAAUGAGCAGUGAGGACCAAGGUGUAGACAGUGAGCAGAAGGCGGAGACCUCUGCUCUCCAAGCCAAUCAGAACAGCCCUCAGGCUGGGGCUGGCCCAGAGCCUGAGGUUAAGGCUGAUGUAGGAGGAGGACCUGAAGGAGACCAGCUAGAAGUGGCAGAGGCCAAACUCAGCCAACCAGAAGAAGCUAAAGUUGAGGGCGGAGAAGAACUUGAAGGAGACCAGGGAAAAGAGGCUGAACCCAAAGCUGAUCAGCCACUGGAAUCUGAGGCCGAUGUCAGAGGAGGACCUGAGAGAGACCACUCUAUGGAGUCUGAGCCCAGUGUCGACGAACCAGACGAGGAGCUCGGUAAAGAAAAGGCUCAUGACGUCUCUCCACAGCCAGAGGAAGACGCCAGCUCCCCUGUGGGUUCUCCGAUCACCUCUGACCCGAAGCAGCCCGCACUGAAACCCCAGCACGCAGGGAAAGCCUCAGCGUCCCGCAGUCAGGAGAAAAGGGAACUGAGAAGACAGCGUGGGCUGGAGCACAACCAGCGAGCGACCGAACGCGCCGCCCUGGCCAGCAAAGAGGAACCGGCCUCCAAAGCCCAGGACCAGGAGAGCCCGGGGGCCAAGCUGAAAGAGCGGGCCGACAGCAAGGAGCUGGAUCAGUACAUGUUUGUAGAGUGGAAGAUUGAGAAGGGGAAGAAAGAGGCGAAAAGCGAGUCUAUGACACCCGUUCGACCUUCGACCCUAAACCUGGACGGCUCCACGCCCGAGAGGAACGGACACAAAGAGCCAUCGAGCCCCCCCGUCGCGGAAAACGCCGGGCCCCAGGAGAAAGGGCCCGUCCGGGAGAAGCCGGGCCGGAAGAAAGACAAACGCGCGGAGAACACCGCCCCCGAGUCCAGUCACCAUGACAACAGGAAGAGGAAGACUCUACAGAAACAAGGGAUGUCCGUUUCUCUGGAUGACGUGUCCAGAUUUGAGUCUUCAGGGUCCGACAGCCCUUCGGCCAUCGCCACCAGAGAGGGCAGAGCACGAAACCGCAGGCUCCGCCGGCGCCACAGACAGGGGCGUCAGCGCCUAGCCUUCGCCAGCAGCUGCCUGGCACUUAAUAACCUGGACGCCGAGGAUGUGGCGUAUGGCGGGUUCCCCUUGUCUCCUGUCCAGGCCGAGGGUCGGUCAGCCUCGGAGGCGGGCUCCAUCACUCCGAAGAGGAGAACUCAGGAGUCCCCAGCGUCACAGGACCAGCCCCAGGCCCCCACUCCCUCUACCCCAGACAGGCCUGCAGGUUUCCUAAAGAAAAUCCUGAAGAAAAGACCCCAUAAAGAGGCCCAGACCCCGGAGGAGGCGGAGCUGACCUUUGAGUCCUCUCUGGCGGACAGAGGAGAAGCCUCCUCCCAGACGCAGCCCCCCCGUGUGCCCGGUGACGGCCAGAGCGGACGCCCCGGACGAAACCCCACCAUAAAGAUCAGUCGGGCGACGCGUGCCACGGAGUGGUCCAACUCCUUGUUCGACAGAGAGAUAACGAACGCCAACGAGCUACGCCACCUCGACGAGUUCCUGGCCAAUCAGGUGAAUGAUGUGCGUUCUCGUGGGAAGUUGUCAGAAACAGAGACCAUCUUCAUCAAUGCCACAGUGCAGUUCAGAGAGACACUUAAGGGCAUGUACUCUCUCAAUAAACCUAUGAUCGGCUAUAAAGGCCUUUUACGAGGCUACCAGAGUCGAGUGGUCAGUCUGGCCGGAGAGAAGCAGAAGGAGGAGGUGCCACUGGUGGUCAAUCUCUUCCUGUCCGUCCUGGACGGGUUCAUCAGGGGAGAGAUCAAGAGAGAGGAGGCAGAGCCAGCCAAGCCUCCAAAAGGACGAAAGAAGAGGCGUAAAAAAGACAAAAGUGUGGAGAGCCCGUUGGACCAUGUGUUCAGUAAUUACCAGGUCAGCAUUGUCCAGUCAUGUGACCAGUGCAGCUCUUACAUCUGGGCUAUGGAGAAGGCCUACAUGUGCAGCUACUGCAAAAUGGUGUGUCAUAAAAAGUGUGUGUCCAAAAUCAGCGUGGACUGCGGAACUUCCUGCUCUAAAAAGAAUGAAGAUGACGGUGCCCAGCACUUUGGCGUAGGCGUGUGCCAGCUGGUGGACGACAGGACCCCUGUGCCCAUCGUACUGGAGAUCUUACUGGAACACGUGGAAAUGAACGGCCUCUACACUGAGGGCAUUUACAGGAAGUCUGGCUCAGCCAAUCGCAUGAAGGAACUCUACCAGCUGCUGGAGGCAGAUCCCACCGGCGUGUGUUUGGAGGACUACCCCAUCCACGCUGUGACAGGGCUAAUUAAACAGUGGCUCAGAGAACUCCCCGACCCCCUUAUGACCUUUACAUAUUACAAUCAGUUCCUGCGCGCUGUGGAGUUACUGGAGAAACCUGAGCAGCUGCAUGCCAUCUAUAAAGUCCUGGACCAGCUUCCACCUGCAAACUUUGCAACUCUGGAGAGACUUAUCUUUCACCUAGUCAGGGUGGCGAAUGAAGAGACCAGUAACCGUAUGACACCCAACUCCCUGGCCAUCGUCUUCGCCCCCUGUAUCCUCCGCUGCCCGGACAGCGCCGACCCACUGCUCAGCAUGAAGGACGUCGCCAAGACAACCAUGUGUGUGGAGAUGCUGAUUGAGGAACAGAUGAGGAAAUAUAAAGAAAAGAUGGAGACCAUAGAGCAGCUGGAGUAUGCAGAGACACUGGCUGUCAAUCAACUGAAGCUGAAGAGAAAGAACACUAGCUGCUAUUUGCCUCUCAGGUUUAGCUCUCCUGUCAGAGGCGUGCCGAUGCGUGAAAAGGUGACCUCUGACCUCUGUGUGGUGCCUGAGAAUGAACCCAUUGACUCUGACACGGAGGCGGAGAGGAAACUCCUGGAGCGGAUCAAGUCCAUUAAGGAGGAAAAGGAGGAGCUGGCGUGCCGUCUGUCUGAACUGGACCAGGCUGGUUCUGAUCAGGAGAAUCUGGACUCUGAGGCGUCUCUCAGCUCGGAGAGUCUCCUGGGUGAUCGCGUGGUCUCCUCAGACACAGAAGGUAAGACAGUUGGAUCAUUCAAGCCUGUCUGUCCCCCUAAACCGCCUGAUCUCGCUCAAAGGCUGAACGUAUCCCGGCAACAACUUCAGCGGCGCCAUCCCAUAAUCCCCAACACGGUCAAACUGCCCCCGGGGGUCAUUUCCCACCCUGCCGUGCAGUCCCUGCCCCCCCGCAAAGCGCAGUCACUCACACUGGUCCCACGUCGCCAGCACCCGGGCAGACGCAAAGACAGCAUCCAGUCUCUUUACAUCGCCGCGGGAACGGACCUCUUCCUCCCGCCUGCAUCUUCCUCGCUCCUGAGCCCACAGGACCAGCCCAACUCGGGCCUGGCCCAGAGACGCUACUCCGACCCAGAUAUUCCCUAUAAUGAUUCCGAGGCCUGACCAAACUGGUACCGCUGCCGGAGAACUGCGCUCUGGAUGGUACGCUGCCUAGCGACUGUUACUAAGCAACACGAGAACUGCUUAGUGACAAUUAUUCUACAUAAAUGUGUGACCACGGUAUCUGACCGAACAGUUGGAUAAAUAAAGCAACCGGUGGACUGAUUUGACUGAUGAUGGAUUUAAAGCAGAAUGGGUCACAAGCACUUUCCCCCUUGCUUUUAACAGAAUGUUGCUUUUUUGUUCUUUCCUUUUUUUUGUUUGUUUGUUUUUGCAUUUUUUUAAUGCUGCAUGAAUCCGACGAGUGCUGUAGCCAGGAGAGCUCUCCCGUGGACCUGUGUGGUUGCAGGGAAGACUGACAGGCCACUGAGUUCGCCAGAGACCAGGGCACUUCUCUCAUUCUGGAGACCAGGGCACUUCUCUCAGUCUGGAGUGUC